AUGCACAUCCCCGGACAAGGACAUCCUGUUGACAACAAAGCAUUUGUGCAGUACAGGAUCCAUACGGUCUUUGAAACUCAACCGGACUGUCCGCUGCAACCCACCCAGUCUAUCUGUUUCUGUACGUCUUGGCUGUCUGUUUUCCUGCAGAAAGACAGCUUUCCCCGCGUGUCAGAGAUCGACAAUCCGAAGAGGGGUAAUCCAGCGAAACGGGAAGAAAUCUUGAUUGAGGUUCAAACGGAAGCGUUGGAAAACAACGCGCAACAGGAAAAUCGAUAUAUAAAAGACGCAAGGCUCAGCCGAUCGCCCGGGAAAUAA